GACCCGGAUAACAGACAUCCCACCACUGAAGGAACAGAGAGCAAGAAUCCAAGAUGUCACAGAAUGUUACCCCAGAUUUGGCAAGAGAAAGAUCUAAGGCUACAUUCGAUGUUGAGAAUUUAGCAGAAUUUAUGAUAGGAGGGCGUGACAGGUUGAAAAGGAAAAGAUUUUUACAGAACAUUGCAAUCCAAGAUCCCUUCUUCAAGAAACAGAAGUCCUGGGCCUUCUGUAGCGUAGAAGAACAGUAUGAUAUGGGACUAUCUAAAAGUAUCUACAUACAGAAAAAACUUGAGGAAAUGGGGAUUACAGACAUGCAAGAGGCUUUUUAUUAUAGAGAAUGUGCAGGUGCACAUGAAAAUAGUCCUCUUGGUCUGCACUAUGCUAUGUUUUUACCAACAAUCAAUAAACAAGCUACACCUGAACAAAAAAAGAAAUGGUUGCCUCUAGCGAAAAGUUAUAAAAUGAUUGGCACUUAUGCUCAGACGGAACUAGGACAUGGCACAUUUAUCCGUGGGCUGGAAACCAGAGCAACAUAUGAUCCAAAAACUAAAGAAUUUAUUCUGGACAGUCCUACUUUGACUUCAAUGAAGUACUGGCCUGGAUGUUUGGGUAAAACUUCCAACCAUUGUGUGGUGAUGGCUCAACUGUACACUCAGGGAAAAAGUCAUGGUCCACACAUGUUUAUGGUACAGAUCAGGAGCAUGAAAGAUCACUCUGUUUUGCCAGGGAUUGAAGUUGGAGUUAUUGGAAAUAAAUUUGGUUAUGGUACCAAUGAUAAUGGAUUCCUACGCUUUGAUAAACUUAGGAUUCCUAGGGAAAAUAUGUUAAUGAGAUACUCACAGGUGCAUGAAGAUGGAACUUAUGUUAAACCACAAAAUGCCAAGCUUGCAUAUGGUUCUAUGGUGUUGAUUAGAUCAUCCAUUGUUAGUGAUGCUGCACGUGGCUUAGCUCAGGCUUGUGUUAUUUCUAUACGAUACAGUGCUGUUCGAAGACAGACAGAGGCCUACCCAGGUGGAGAAGAACCCCAGAUAUUGGACUACCAGACCCAACAGUAUAGAUUAUUCCCCUUGUUAGCUUCAGCUUAUUCCUUACAGCUUGCUGGGAAGUAUGUGUUUAAUACAUACUUAGAAGUAAAUGAUCAGAUAGAAAAAGGAAACUUAGAAUCAAUGCCAGAGCUCCAUGCUUUAUCAGCUGGACUUAAAGCUUUCAGUACCUAUGAGGCCUCUGCAGGAAUAGAAGUAUGUAGAAUAUGCUGUGGUGGCCAUGGUUACUCACAAGCCAGUGGCUUACCAAAGAUUUAUGUAGAUGUCGUUCCUGGUUGUACUUAUGAAGGAGAAAACACAGUCAUGAUGCUACAAACAGCCAGAUAUUUAAUGAAAUGUUACAGUCGUGCAAAACAGGGGCAAAAGCUGCCAGGUUUUGUCCAGUAUAUAGGUCAGAAUCUGAACAAGAAGUCAUGCAUGAGUGAGGAAAUUGCCCUGGGAUGUCUGGUCAUGGCCUAUGAACAUAGAGCUGCCAGAUUGGUUGAAGCAGCAGCAAUGAGAAUGCAGUCACUUAUACAGGGAGGGAAAAAACAACAUGAAGCUUGGAAUGGAAGUUCUGUACAACUGCUAUGGGCAGCAAAGGCCCAUUGUCAUCUGUUCUGUGUAAAGAACUUUGUAGAUGCCAUUCAGGCAAAAUCUUUAUCCUCCAAAACAGCCACAGUGAUGAAGUCUGUCUGUCAAUUAUAUGGUGUUCAUGGUAUACUGGAAAAUCUUGGUGAAUUUAUGCAGGAUGGGUUUUUCUCUGGAGAGCAAGUCGGCUACCUUCAGAGGAAGAUGUUAGCCCUGUUUGAGGACAUCAGACCAAAUGCUGUGGCCCUUGUUGAUGCAUUUGAUUAUCCAGACAUGGUAUUGGGUAGCUGCCUAGGAAGAUAUGACGGCCAAGUUUAUCAAGCUUUGUAUGACUAUGCUAAGUCUGCUCCUAUGAAUCAAACAGAAAUACACAGUACAUAUUAUAAACAUCUAAGACCACUGAUUAAUCCAGAGACAACAUCUGAUGCAAUGCAGUUUGCUAAACUAUAAAUAGACAUGAUGAAAUGUACCACAAAGCUUUAUUGGUGCUAUAUGUAUUGUCUUAACCAGAUAGAACUUAAAUGGACCACUAUGAUUGUGUUUUUACCAAAGUGUUAGCUGAUAAAUAGUUAUGCACAUCAUGUUUAACAUAUUAACUAUGAUUAUUUUAUUCUAUAAACUGUGCUUAGAAUAUAUCAAUCAAUCAAUCAAAAAGUAAUUUUUAUUCUGUGCUUAGAAUACAUCAAUCCACAAUCAAUCAAUCAAAAAGUAAUGAGAUAGAGAAAUGAAAAUAGUCAGUAAUUUUGCAAUAUUUCAAGUUGAUUUUCAAAUUUAUUUUGAAAUGCUCAAAAUAUGAUAACCUAAGAAAGUAUAUGCAUCUGCUUUAAACUGCUUAACUUAUUUUUAACAAAGAAAAUAAAAGGAAAUUAUCUAAUUUAGGAAACAUCAAAAAAAUGUCAGAAAUAUGAGAUUAUUUUUAUUUCUUUGAAUUGCUUUUUCUAGUUAAUGUGAAUAUUGUAGUCUUGGAUUCAGUUGAAUUGAAAAAAAAACCAACGUUGUAAAUAUUUGUAUCUAUAUCUGAAAAUAAACGUUUCACCAGUGAAGUAAACAUAAACUAAAUUUAUGAAUGUUUGUGUCACAUUUACUGACUCUUACAUUUUUUUUUUAUAUUUAUAAAAGUCAAGACUUAAUGUGAUUUUAAUGUAUUUUAUUUAAUUAAUGAUAUGUUUUUAGAAUAUUUAACGCCUACAAUUGUUGAUAAUUCUUGUUAUUUAUAUAAUAAAUGGAACAAAAUAG